AUGCAAGCUACGUGUACCCAUGCGAGAGCAGACACAGACUGCGUUGCAAAUCAGAAAGACAGUAAUUCUUGCUCAAAUAGCCAGGAGAGAUUGUGCAAGACUUUGAUAGGCUUAGCGACCACGAGCGACCCGUUCACCAACACGCAACGCAAAGCAGUUAAAUUCAAAUCGAUAAACAAGCGCAUUCCUUGCAAGAUCAUGUCAUUGCUUGAAGUCCCGACCUUUGAAAAAGCCUUCGCGUCAAAUCAGCCUGUAGGAACAUCCCACCAACGACGACAAAGAGUUACGAAUAUUAAUGACGAUAAGAGCGAGGCUCCAUACUGUGGAGAAGAUUCUAAGCCACUUGAUAUUGCGGUCUUCAGAGUAAUACAAUGUUUAGACAGGCGAAUAAAUACUUUAUCACGCGAUUGCUUUAAGGCUCCACGAGUUAGCAGCGAGGAAGCUGAUUCAAUCGUAUUUGGAGUGAGCAGUAUAGUCCUGAUUGCUAUCAGUCUCCUCUCCCAUUUAUGGUGA